AUGUCCGAUCAAGCCGCAGCGGACCGGGAUGGCAAUGCCCCUGGGAAUACCUCGGACACGAGCUUUAUGUUUGUGCCACAGAGACUAUCGAAACAGGCUCGCAGCCAUGCCAUGAAGGAGCAUUGGAAGCAGAGAAGACGGGAUAAACGCAACAGGGAGGAAGCAUCAACCAACGGGGAAUCAACCUCGUCCAAGGUCCGACGUCUAAUAUUUCCCAAACUUGCGACUCAGGAAUCCACAAACUCCACCACCUCGUCAUCACAUAGAUCCCAGCCCAGCGGCAGCGGCAGCAAUAAUGUCACCCCACCGGCACCUCAACCACCCACCGCGACACGGCCCCAGCCGGUACUUCCGGGUAUUCCUGAACAGGCACUGCGCGGAAUGAGCCAAGUGCUUUCAUGUGGUCACCUUGACCCCUUUGACGCCUUUCCAAUAAAACUUUCCCCAGAGCACCACAAGCUUAUACAUCACUUCUUAUGCAUCCAUGCGGCCAUGGUCUUUGAUGGCAACCCAACCAAGUCUUUUAAUCCUUUAUUAGACGUCUGGCUGCCAUUAGACCUCUCGAAUGCCGCUGCGUUCAAUGCCCUGAUGGCCAAUUCGGCUGCCCACCUGAGCAUGAUGCAGGGCAAAAGAUAUUCACCCGAAUCUCUCCACUUUAAAAACGAGGCCCUCCGGAUCAUUGGGGAAUGGUUGACUGAGUCGAGUGGUGCCCCAAGCGACGAAGUUAUUGCUGCAGUGUUAAGGAUGAUGACAUACGAGCGACAAUGGGGAAGUGAAACAGAAUGGCUGACGCAUCGUAAAGGCAUAGAUAGCAUGAUAGACGCCCGUGGUGGCAUAGAGACGUUGCGACAUAAUUGGCGACUGCAACUAGUGUUUUAUCUAAUAUCGCUCAUGUCAAGACCUUCAUGGUUCUACAGCUACAAUGAAAUCGACAAUCUAUCGUUGAACACAGACUCGGCUCUUGUCCUUGGCAGCGCAACGAAUCUUCACAAUAUUCGCUGUCUAUGGCUCCUCUCUAUUGUUCAGGAUACCCGUACAUUCAUGGAUAGAUUCCGAGAGCAAUUCAACAAUGGCCUUUCGAAUCUAAGUGGAAUACAGGCUGCUGUACUGCUCAUUCAAAUGCAAAUGCUAGAGCCUGGUCAGGACGAGGGUACAAGCCAACAGACAUUAGACCAAGCACGCUCCGAGCACAUCCGUCUCUCCUGCCUCUUUUUCAUCUGUGUCCUCUUGCAAACCACCGCGCCGACAAACCCUACUGCGAGCAAUAUGACGGGGAAAGACCUUCUACUUCCACUCUCGGGCGACGAGGCACCAUACCGUCUAAACGAUUUCCUCCUGGUGCACGAUCUUGAGUGGCAGUAUUCACUACCAGAUCUUCAUCGGCUGCUCUUUCAAAAUUUUGCCCAUAGAAAUGCAGAGACGGCUCGCAUAGCGGAUUAUGCAGCACAAAUGGCCGACGUCCUCUCCUCGAUGAACAGAGAGUCGCGCCGUGGUUUGGAGAUUUGUCUGCUGAACAUCCUUUUGGAUCAACCCGGCCUUGGCCCGCACAACACCUUGUCCAUUGGGGAUGAAACUCCUGAUUCCUUGAUGUCAACUUUGCACAUUAGUUGA